AUGGAAUACGACGACAAUGUUCCCGUUAUCAACCUAAUUAACAUUGAUCUUCGUCCAAGAAACAGUCGGCCUAUUGUCUGUGGUCGUGGCGAUCCUCAUACAUUGCUCUAUUCAGGUGCGCAUAUUGCUACAGGAGAAAAUCAAGGAUCAUAUCAUCAUGACAAAACAAUGGCUCGUAUACAAACUACAACGUUGGAUGCCUCUAUUGCCGAUGGUCUAGAUCAAGUUGGUAUUACAGUACGACCCCUAUAUGUAGUUGACUACGAAGACGAUAAUGAAGAGCAACGAGCUCAAACUGUUGAACAUGCUAGAAGAAUGUUGAAUAGGGCAAACGCUAUUGGUUAUGAUAUAAUUUAA